AAACUCUAAAUGAGACACCUGUUGCUCACGCGCUGUGUUUACAUGCUGGGGGUAGAAAUUUCCGAGGGACACCUGAAGGCGUCGCAGUGCUCGAGCGGAGACGGCGGCGCGCGCGGACCUGCGACGUUUCUCUCAUAAUCUGUUGGUCAUGGAGAGUCCCGCUGAGGCCGCGGAGGCAGCUCCGUCCUUCUCCCGGGUGGUGUUCACUGACAUCCCCUACUCCUACCCCCCGGCCGCCCCCAUCACCUGCACCUACACCCUCUGCGACGCCUUCCAGCCCAGCUCCAGAGACUGGGUGGGCAUCUUCAAGGUGGGAUGGAGCUCAACAAAGGACUACCACACCUUUGUGUGGGUGGAGCAGACUCAGGAUGUGGCUGGACAGCACACGGUCUCCGGUCAAGCUGUGUUCAAGGAGUAUUACCUGCCAAAAGACGACCUGGAGUUCUACCAGUUCUGCUAUGUGGACGGCGGCGGGCAGGUGAAGGGAGCCAGCACGCCGUUCUGCUUCCGGCUCCCGGCGGAGCCGAGCGCCGAGGGCGGCCCGGAUGAGGAGCUGCUGGUUAUCACCACACAGGAGCAGGUGGAGCAGAGCGUCCGUGAAAAAGCUGAGCUGCAGAGCGAGCUGGAUCGGUCCAGCGCCGAAAACAAAACCCUGAAAGCGGCCCUGCAGCGGGAGCAGCAGCAGAUCCAAGCCCUCAAGGAGGACGUCGAUAAGAAAGCCGGAGAGAUGAGCGACGUGGUGAAGGAGCUGCGUCAGAGCAGGGAGGCGGUGGAAACCCUGGAGAGCAGCUUGGAGCAGCUGAGGCAGGAGAACCGGCGGCUGAAGGAAGAGAUGCUCCAGCAGCGGAGUCAGACGCAGCAGAAGCAGCAGAGCGAGAGCCUGCCGGCCGACGGCUCCGCCAGGCAGAAAGAGCAGGCCAAGUAUGAACGAGCUGUGAUGAAGAUCAACCAGCAGAAGGAAGAGCUGGCCGUCCUCAGAGGGACGAUCGACCUCCAGAGCGAGGAGAUCGCCACGCUGAACGCCAAAGUCCGAGAAGGAGAGCGGGAGCUGUCCAAGACCAGAGACUGCAUCCAGCUGCAGCAGGUCGACCUUCAGACCAGCGAGAAGGACAAAGCCAGGCUGAAGGCGGAGCUGCAGAAGCAGCAGAGCCUCGUCCAAAGCAUGGAGGAGGAGAAGAAGAGGAACCAGGAGCUGUCCAGCAGGCUGCCGGAGGUGGAGACGGUGCAGAGCCUCCCAGACGAAGACCUGAAGGACCGCUGUCAGGCUCUGGGCAGGCAGCUGGACGAAGCCCGAGCCAAGCUGGCGGCUGAGAGGGAGGAGUCCAAGAACCUGCAGAGGAAAGGCGAGCUUCUGGACAGAGAGCUGCAGCACGUCAACCAGCAGCUGGAGAAAGUCGUGAGACUCCUCGAGCAGGAGCAGCGCAAGAGCGGCAAGGCUGAGCUGCAACUCACAGAAAUACUGAAGCUGAUGGCAGAGAAGGAUAUGGUGAUGGAGGAGAAGGAUCACCUGAUGGUGCUGGAGAAGCGAGAGAAGGAGGAGCUGCACAGAGAGAACGAGGCUCUCAAGAGAGACAACGAGGGUUUACGGAGAAACUACGCAGCGCUGCACAGGGCUCGGUCCGACUCCGCCGCCGCAGCCGAGAGCAUUCCCAGCGCCUCGCGGCAGAAUCCAGCCGGAGGGGCCGACGGCCGCUACGGGAACGUCGGUCCUGAUGUGGAGCAACAGGAGGAGGAGUCGCUGGUGUGUCAUCUGUGCCAGGAGAGCUUCCCCGGCAUCACCCCGGACGAACUGCAGCUGCACCAGCAGAGCCACCGGCUCUGCCCCUUCUGCGGCGUCGUCUGCGACGCCAUGGAGCAGUCGGAGUUCGAAGACCACGUCUACAGCCACGAGCUGUGAGCGCGGCGGCGGCGGACGCCACACCUCUGCUCCACCGCAAACUAGAGAUCAGCUGUUUGAGCCCAGCUAACGCAGUAAUUCUUCAUUUAACGCUUUAUAAUCUACUUAUUGAAACAUCCAGUUUUAACGUGAUUUUUCAACCCGGUGAAGUGUAAAUGGACGAUUUUCACACGUGGUUAAUGACUUCCAGGAUAAAUAUGUAUAAAUAAUGGAAAUCUGGUGAAGAGCAGCCACUUCUCUCUCUGUAAGCCUUUCUCUAUCUCGCUCAGUCCUCAUUUCUCUUGUAACAGAUUACUGCUUCACAUUUUAAAGUACUGAAGAGACGCUCGGUCGAGGUGAAGGCAGGCUUCCCGUCACCAAUGGGAGUCGAACCGGGGUCCCAGUCAAGGUCAAUAUUUAACCACAACAAGCUCGAGUGAUUAAGUUGAACUGUCCAAGCACAGAGUGAAGUGAAAACAACACCGAUGGUUCUUCUGUAAAGACACUGACGGAGCAGCGGAGUCCGCCGCCGCUCCACCCGCUCAUCCACUGCACAGCUUCAUGAAACCUGAAAUCCGACGCUCUGACAUGUCGGCUGGAUGAGCGGUGUAACGGGAGAAUCUGCUUCAGCGGAAUACAAACUGUAAUUAUUUUUGUUCUGUGGAAAAAAUAAAACUGAAAUCCAUGU